GCGGGCGGAUGAUGCAAUAUCUGGAAACCGGCCCCACCCUGCCUUAAAGGGCCCGCAGCGCCACAACGGGGCAGGGCUGGGAUGAGUGGCGGCAGCCUCGUACAGUCCCGGGGAGCGCCAGGGGCCUGGCGCGGCCCCGGUGACUUCCCAGGGCACGGGCAGCACGGCCCCGACACUUCCCCCCGUAUCCCGGGGCGCUCCCGGCGCUGCCCCGCGCGGGGCACGCCGGGAUCGGGCCCCCCGCCGCGCGCAGGCGCGGUGCGCAGGCUGCCCCACCUCUCGGCGGGGCCCGGCAGGACCGGGGACCCGGUGCCCUGUGCCGCGGCGUCCAGCCCAGCUCCGCCGGCCGCCGCCAUGACCGCAGCACCCACCGCAGGCGUUUGUGUGACGAGGGGGCACAAUGAGCAGCAGCGAUGACUGCACCAGAAGAGAGCAACCCACGUGCCCGUUGGCUGGGCCUGUGCCUGUGGGUUGGGAGCGUAAGGUGGAGGAGGGCUCCGUGUGCUACAUCAGCCCUAGCGGCACCACGCUGACUUCGCUGGAACAGACUUGUGCCGACCUCCUGGCUGAUGGGACUUGCAAGUGUGGCCUCGAGUGUCCACUCAACAUGCACAUGGGUCCCGCUGGUGUAUCUGCCUUGUCCGCGUUACCCCAUGCAUCUCCUGGUCAUGCCUGUCCAGACCCAGAUGUUUCCUGUGUAUCUUCUCGCCCUGCCCUGGCACCGGGCUCCUGCCCACUGGCUGGGACUUCAGCGGGCAGCUCCUGGGUCUCUUCAGGCACCCAGCAGCAUCUUCCGAACCCACCUCAGGGACCUCCCUGCAGUCAAAAGCCUCUGGCCGUAACGGCAGCCCAGCAGUCCAGCCUUGCCAGCCCCUCCAGCCCCUCUGUGGUACCUACCUCAACUGGCACCCCCGCCAUAACUACUGAGGCCCCGUGCAGGGAGGGCCGGGCCCCCAACAGCCCCAUGGGCACCCUGGAGCACCUCAACUUGCUGGGACCCCAUCUGGGCAGCUCCCUGCUCAGUGCCGUGCUGCUGGGCAACCUACUGCCGCUUAGCCCCCUCCUCCAGCAUUGCCCACUGCUGCUCCCCACGCUGUCCCCCCUGGGACUGUUGCUGGGCCUGGGCCAGGGCUCCCAGCUGGGCACCACUAGCCCCCUGGCCAGACUGCUCCAGAGCCUGCAGGGGAACUCCCUGUGUCUGUGCCCAUCCUGCCAGAGCUGGAGGAGGAAGGCCAGCACCCCCCAGCCCAGCAGCCACCUGGAGACACUGCAACGGAGGGGGCUCAGCACCAAUCUGUGGGCUGGCCCCACCGCAGCUCUCCAGCCACUCCUCCCCAAGCCUGUAGCAUUGCCUGGGGUUGUUGUGACUCAAGUGCAGGACCUGUCCCUUGGCCUUGUUGAAUCUCAUACCGUUGGCUCCGGCCCAACGACUCAGCCUGUCCAGGCCCCUCUGUAGGGCCUUCCUGCCCUCCAGCAGAUCAACACUUCCACUCAGCUUGGUGUCAUCUGCAAACUUACUGAGGGUGCCCUCGAUCCCCUCAUCCAGAUCAUCAGUGAAGAUAUUGAACAGGGCUGGCGCAAACACUGAGCCCUGGGGAACACCACUCGUGACCAGCCGCCAACUGGUUUUGACUCCAUUCACCACCACUCUCUGGGCUUGGCCAUCCAGCCAGUUUUUAACCCAGUGCAGAGUGCACUUGUCCAAGCCAUGAGCAGCCAGCUUCUCCAGGAGAAUGCUGUGGGAGGCAGUGUCAAAGGCCUUACCAAAGUCCAAGUAGACAACAUCUAAUCUACAGCCUUCCCCAUAUCCACUAAGCAGGUCACCUUAUCAUAGAAGGACACCAGGUUAGCGAGGCAGGACCUCCCUUUCAUAAACCCAUGCUGCCUGAGCCUGAUCCCCUGGGUGUCCUGCAUGUGCUGCGUAAUGGCAUUCAAGAUGAUUUGCUCCAUGACCUUUCCCGGCACCAAGGUGAGGCUGACAGGCCUGUAGUUCCCCGGAUCCUCCUUCUGAACCUUCUUGUAGAUGGGUGUCACAUUUGCUAGUUUCCAGUCAUCUGGGACCUCCCCGGUUGACCAGGACUCCUGAUAAAUGAUGGAGAGUGGCUUGGUGAGCUCCUCUGCCAGCUCCCUCAGUAUCCUCAGGUGGAUCCCCUCUGGCCCCAUGGACUUGUGAACAUCCAGGUGAAGGAGCAGGUCAGUGACUGCCACCUCUUCAACAACUAGAACUUCAUUCUGCAUACCAUCUCCAUCUCCCAGCACAGGGGCCUGACAACCCUGAGGAUAACCAGUCUGACUAUUAAAGACUGAGGCAAAGAAAGCAUUAAGUACCUCAGCCUUCUCCUCAUCUUUCCUGGCAAGGUUACCUUCUGCAUCCAACAAAGGAGGGAGAUUCUCCCUGGCCCUUCUUUUGUCACUGAUAUAUUUAUAAAAACAUUUUUUGUUAUCUUUAAUGGUGGCGGCCAGUUUAAGUUCCAGCUGUGCCUUCGCCUUCCUAAUCUUUUCCCUGCAUACCCUCACAACAUCCUUGUAGUCCUCUUGAGUCACCUGCCCCUUCUUCCAAAGGCAGUAAGCUCUCCUUUUUUCUUGAAUUCCAGUCAAAGCUCACUAUUCAGCCGAGCCAGCCUUCUCCCCCGCCUGCUCGACUUACGGCCCAUGGGGACGGCCUGCUCCUGCGCCUUUGAGACUUCCUUCUUUAAUAACAUCCAGCCUUCCUGGACUCCUUUGCCCUUCAGGACUGCCUCCCAAGGGACUCUGUUAACCGGGCUCCUUAACAAUCCAAAGUCUGACGUCCAGGGUAGUGGUUUUGCUGACCCUCUUCCUUCUGCAAGAAUCAAAAACUAUCAUGUCAUGGUUGCUGAGCCCAAGACAGCCUCUGACCACCACAUCACCCACCAGCCCUUCUCUGUUAAUAAACAGCAGGUCCAGUGGGGCACCUCCCCUGGUUGGCUUGCUUAGCAGUUGCAUCAGGAAGUUAUCUCCCACACACUCCAGGAAUCUCCGAGACUGCUUUCUCUCUGCUGUGUUGUAUUUCCAGCAGAUAUCUGGUAAGUUGAAGUCUCCCAUUAGAACUAGGGCUAGAGAUUGUGAGACUUCAACCAACUGCUUGUAGAGUACUUCAUGUGUCUCCUCAUCCUGGUUGGGUGGUCUAUAACAGACUCCAGCCAGGAUGUCUGCCUUGUUGGCCUUCCCCCUGACCCUUACCCAUAAGCACGCAACCUUAUCAUUACCGUCAUUGAGUUCUAGACAGUUAAAACACUCUAACAUACAAGGCUACCCCUCCACCUCUCCUUCCUUGCCUGUCCCUUCUAAAGAGCUUGUAGCCAUCCAUUGCAGUGCUCCAGUUGUGUGAGUCGUCCCACCAUGUUUCCGUGAUGGCGACCACAUCAUAGGUUCCCUGACGUGUGAUGGCUUCCAGCUCCUCCUGUUUAUUGCCCAUGCUGCGUGCAUUGGUAUAAAUGCACUUCAAUUGAUCUAUUGGUCUCUUCAACACAGGUAUGCCACCCCUAGGCUCGUUCCUAGCAAGCCUGGUUUUAUCCCCUUCCCUCUUCAUAUCUAGUUUAAAGCUUUCUCAACGAGGCCUGCUAACUCCUGGGCCAGAAUCCAUUUCCCCCUUUGGGACAGGUGAACCCCAUCUGUCUCCAGCAGGCCUGGGGCCAUGUAAACUGCCCCAUGCUCAAAAACACCAAAAUUCCACUGCUGGCACCAGCCUCUGAGCCACGUGUUAACGAUCUGGGACUUCCUGUUCCUUUCCGUAUGCCUCCUGGCUACCGAUGGGAUGGAGGAAAACACUACCUGCGCUCCUGAUCCUUCAAGUAAUCGCCCCAGUUCUCUAAAGUCCCUUUUGAUUGUCUUUGCACCUCUCUCAGCUACCUCAUCACUGCCGACCUGGACAGCCACUAGCGGAUAAUAAUCGGAUCCUUUUACUAGCCUAGGGAGCUUCCUGGUAAUGUCUCUUACCCUUGCCUCAGGGAGGCAGCAGACUUCCCUAUGGGAUGGGUCCGGCCAGCAUAUCGGGCCCUCUGUUCCCCCCAGAAGGGAGUUGCCUACGACAAUUACCCUUCAUUUUUUUCUUACCACUGGCUCUUGUAAUGCGUGGGGCUGACUGGUUCCCUCUAGUCAACCCCUUGGGUGGGUGGAUCACUCUCUGUAUCUUUGUCCUCCUGGCCCUCAGGCUCCAGAGCCCCAUACCUGUUCUGUAAGGGCACCUGUGGGGGUGAAGUCGGCCAGGAGAGGAUUCCCCUACUGCGCUGAGCAGGGAUCUGUAUCCAUCCUCUGUCUCUUGGGUCCCCUCCCUCUGCCUGGCAGCACGAGGGCAGGGGGCCACUCCUUCUCUUGAUGCUUCUAUCUGGUGUGCUUGUCUCAGGGAUGGUAGGAAGUGACUCCACCAGUCUAUCUCCCUCUCACAUUCCUUGAUACUCCUCAGUCUUGCAACAUCCUCUUUCAGCUCUGCCACCAUGCUGAGCAGAUCCUCCACCUGCUCACACCUCAUGCAGGUCCUGUCUUGGGAGCGCUCCAUGACUGGAGCAAGGCUCUGGCACUCCCUGCAGCCAGAGACCUGGGUGGCUGCAUGUUUUAGUGAGAGUUCUGUCUGCGUUGCCACAUGCCUCCUGGCGAUAGCUCUUGUCUGAGCAGAGACCGUGGCUAAAUCUUUUCCGGGAGAGCAUAGACCACGAGGCGAGCUUGCCAGCUGCCUGAUCGCCCUGCCUGCACAAACUGCCAUGCAAACUGCCAUGCCAUGCCCUUCCUGAUGCACCACGCCCUGUUUGCCCAUCCUGUUUGCCGCGCUCCCUAGGGAGCCGUUUAAAUCUCCCACCAUUGCCCCAGCAGCACCCAAGCCCUGUCUGCCGCACUCGCGAGAGCAGACGGUUGUUUUUGGCGCGACAGCCCCACCGGGCUCUUUAUCGGGUUCCCUGGCACAGGAAACCCCUGUUUCUACCCCAAUCUAGCGCCCAGUUGCAGGACUUACCGCUGCUGCUGCUGCGUGCCUUGCCAAGCAUUGGCUCAGGAGCCAUAUGGAGGGGUGUGGGGGGGCUGCCAGCAUGGAGGCAAGGGUGGCAGCAGGGUCAGUGGCUGCACUAGGAGGGGCAGCAGUGGGCUGGGACCCUUGGCUGAUCACCUCAGGGCUCACAAUUUCAUACUCCCUGGGCUUGUAGCCUACUGUCAGCCUUGCUGAUGCUGCCAGAGAAAUCCGGAAGAGUGUAGGGGCUUGCCCCAAUGUGUGAGGGUGGCUGUGCCCACCACAGAGUUGGCUCAGUGACUCGGGGUCCUCCCAGACAAGCCUUGCCCAGCCUCCCGGCUCACCCCCGCACUUGGUGCCCAGGUACUUGUCCCUGAAGUGCUCGUAGGCAACGUUGGGGUUGAUGAUGAGGUGCUCAGCAAAGAUGCUGAUGAGCUCCUGCACACACUACCCAAUGUUAAGGAGGUGGUAGCUGUGAGGGUUUCUUGGCAGAACUGCCUCCUCUCUGCUCCAGCCUUUAAAGAAGCUGCCAAAGCAAGGUAAUGUUCACCAUUUUGUUACUAACAAUGAAGCAAAACCAUCUGUUGGAGAGUGUCUUUAUGGGAUGCUUUAAACCAAGACACAGAGCUGUUUUACAGCCCACAAUACCUUUCACUACAUUGAGGCGCUGUCAGAGUUUAUAAAGAGCUGUAACAAGAGAUGUCACUUAGCAAAGAUCUGCCAUUGGUGAAAGGUCUCUCAGCCUCGAGGAGACCCUGAGAGGUGUCCCAGCUCAAGGGAAGAUCACUGCCGUGCAGCCACUCUGCCUAGCUCAAAGAAGGCUCACUUAGGCUGUCGUAUUUAUGGAAUAAAGUGGUUGGCUUGUAGUCAAAUUACAUGCCAUGGAAAAUGUAUGCAUGAGACUUCUGUACUCACAACUUUGUUCCUUGAGAAAUGAGUCUUGGAAAAGCCACCCGCUAUUCAUGUGUUAAUUGCAUGAUCGGUGUUCCAAGCCCAUAUGCAUUGAUGCUCUCCAUGCUGCACUGUUCCUUUGUGGGUUUUCAGAGAGCAGGUUGGAACUAGAGGAGUCCUUGGCCUGGUGACACCUAGGCCUUCACCUCCUUUGGAGCCUGUACCAAACUACUGCUAGUUUGGUUGAGUCAAGUGCGUCUGUCACACAGGAGCGCAGGGCCCUGGCUUCUGUAGCUGCUUAUGUUCUCAUAUCUGCACACCUUCACAUUGUUUUGGAGUUUGCAGCACUCAGUAAACACCACCCCAGAACAAAUCUAGAAUGUAAUGUCUCAUUAUACUACAUUUUGUGUAAGGGGUUUUAAAUUAUUUUAGUAAGAAAGAACAAACAGCAUAUUGUACCAAAGACAAUUAUCUCUUGAUUAGACUCAGGUUUAAGUAAGGAUAUAGCUCAGUGCAUGUGCAAUUCUUAAAUAGAAAAUUACUUUCCACUUCCCUGUUGAAUUUUUGACACAAGGUUAGCGAGUCCACAGUUGAUCCACUAGCUCUGUAUAGGUUCCCAUCUGUGGGUAAUUUUGUCUCUGCAGUGGUGGAUGUUCUGUUGGUGGUGGGAGGGUUUCCUGUUUCUGUUUCUACACCAGUUGCAGCUUUCAGGUGAGACUGAUGGUUCCAAGUCAGAUUUUCACCUUUACCGCUGAGAAAGAUUAGCAAUACCAAAAAUGGCUCCCACCACAAAGGAGAUAAGUAAUCCUUUCUUUUAUGUACUUUUACCCAACGUAAUUCCCUAGAUUGAAGGUGUGCAGAGCCCCUUCUAGAGGUUGUGUUUGCUGGGCAUGGGCCUGGUUGUAUUUUAGUAAUUUCUGAACCUGUAAAUAUAUUGGGUCAUAUUGUCAUUUCCAACUAAUAAACUUUUAUGAAUGGGUACAUCA